AUAAUACAAAUGCCGUUUACAGAAUUUGAAUAACUUUUUUCGUUUUUGAGUUAUCUUUCGGCAAAGAUGCGAAUAAAACCUGAAUUUCAACGUUUUGUAAAAAAUGUCGAGAGCUCUAAUCCGUGGCAUGGGACUUACUUGUGACGUCAUUUAAGGAACACAGACUGACUACCAAAACAACUUACACUGUUUAUGCAUGUAAACAAACACAAAAAUGCCAGAUCGAUGUGUAGUUUUUGGUUGUUCUAACGUAGCCAGUUCGGAGAAAGGCAUUUCACUUCAUCGCAUACCAUUUUUUAACGACGAAAGAAGCGAAGCUAAGCGUAGGAGAAAGCGAUGGGUCAACUUUGUGAAAGCUACUCGCGAUAAGUGGGUCCCCACAAAGAAUUCCGCAGUUUGCUCGGAACACUUCACAAAAGAUUCGUUUUCUCGGCAAUUCGGCUCGUUUUUUGAAUCAGAAUGUAAUUUUACACCUCAACUCAUUCGAGACGAAUUCGGAAUCGUUGCUUACCCGAGCAUUUAUCCUCGAAAAGAUGACGAUGAACUUACAACAAGAGAUCGCAGAAUGAUGAAAAGAAAGUGGAUUUCUGAUUAUAUAAGAGAGGUUGGAUCAGAAAAUAUUCCCAGUACAAGUAGCAAACGUCAAGAGCAAAUAGAAGAAACAACUUUUGAUGAGCCUGUAUUAGAGAAGGAAGUAGCCGUGUAAUGUGAAUUACAAUGCCAAAAUUGUUUAAAACUUGAGAAAGAGAAACGUCGUUACAGGAACUUAUGGCUUGGGGCAAAGUAUAAGCUUCAGUGUAGCGGAACUUAUGCAAGCAGUUCUAAUAUGGAUAUGCUUGCAGUGGGUAAGUGUUUUUUAAGAUAAUACGCCUGUUAAUUUUAUUUCAUGUAUUAUUCUAGGUCAAGAGAAGAUUUGCCAACGUAAUAGGAUCAGCCAUGUUUAAUAACCUCAAUUUCUACAAUACUACCAACUAAGCUUGCAUGCACCCCUGGAAAAUUAUUGAAGUUAAUUACUAGGAAAUAUGGACUUAAUCAACCUUGUGUAGCUGCGCGUUCCAACCAUUUGUACUGGAGUGUUACAUCAACACUACUGUGAAGGUACCACAGGAUUCAUCCUGACAAUCAUCCUGACAUUCAUCCUUACAUUCACCACAGGAUUCACCACAACAUUCAAAAUUAGCAUAAAGUGUGAAGUUGACACCACAUUCAAUUUAGUACUAUUAAAUAACAUCAGUUUCAGAAACAAAAUAGAAAAAACCGUAUUUUUUGCUACAAAAAAGCAAAAGAUGCACACGUGUUUGGUGCCGUUGUAAAGACCAAGUUAUUUAGACAAGGAUUAUACUAUUUUUAUUUUGGUCGAAAGUCUUGGAGCAAAUCUACAGCCUUUUAAAGACUACUUCCGCUUUUGUCUCUUUACGUUAAAUAAUUGCGCGAUGUUUACAAUGCAUAAAUGUUGACAUCUAUGGUUUUGGACUAGUUAACACGCUGCAAUAUACUCGUAUUUGGUAUCAGAUUAAAGAU